ACUUCCUAUAAACUUGGAAUAUUUGUUUGUCUGAAUUGCUCCGGGAUCCAUCGCAAUCUUCCCCAAAUCAGCAGGGUCAAAUCCAUCUGGCUUGACUUCUGGGAGAAUGAUCUUAUCGAGUUUAUGAAAGCUCAUGGGAAUCUUCGUGCCAAAGCUAAAUAUGAGGCAAAAGUCCCUCCCUACUACUACAUCCCUCAGUCCGAAGACUGCUUGGUUUUAAGAGAACAAUGGAUUAGAGCUAAAUAUGAGCGUGAGGAAUUUGUUGCCACCCAGGUCUUUCAUGAUCCUUGUUCUGCAGGCAGCCGUGAAGGAUUCCUCUGGAAGCGAGGCCGGGACAGCAGGCAGUUCCAGAAGAGGAGGUUUAUUCUGUCAGCAGAGGAAGGGAUCAUGAAGUACUACACGAAAGAAUGUAAAAGCCCAAAAGCCGUGAUCAGCAUUGAGACUCUGAAUGCGAUGUUCCAGACAGAGAAAAUGAAACAUGCUCACGGGCUGCAGAUCACCUACAACACAGAUGGGCAAAUAAGGAACCUUUUCGUCUAUCAUGAAAGUGGAAAGGAGAUUGUUGACUGGUUCAAUGCCAUUCGGGCAGCGCGUUACCAUUACCUGAGAACGACUUUUCCAGAUGUUCCUGAGGCCGAGCUCAUACCCAGGAUUACAAGAGAAUAUGUCAAAGAAGGAUAUAUGGAGAAAACAGGACCAAAGCAAAAGGAGGCCUUUAAGAUGCGCUGGUUCAGCCUGGACUCUCAAGAGAGGAUCCUGAUUUACCUUAAAAAUCCGCUGGAUGCAUUCGAACAGGGCCGUGUUUAUAUUGGAAGUACAGAUGAGGGAUAUGAAGUGCGAGAGGGCUUUCCCCAGGGAGUCCAGGUGAAGAAGAGGAAACCAGGGAUCACUGUGGUGACACCAACGAGGGAGUUUGUGUUUAUGUGUGAUAAUGACAAGGAUCAGAGGGAGUGGAUAGAUGCUUUGAAUGGAGUCCUUGCCCAGCCUUUGACCGGCUAAGAUGAACACAGAAUUCCAGUGAACUGCACUUUUGGGUUAAUUCCAGCACUGCUCCGUGGUCUCUUUCUGUUGGCAAGGAUGGUGCUCAAGGCCCUGCACAA